AUGAUUUCGAUACCGAAAUCAUCCAACACUGUUGAUGUGUCUAUUAUGGACACUGGUUGUAAAAUUGGAGGCAUACCAGCCGCCAUCUUCACCAGCCCACCUAUACCUGGUUUUGACAGGUUUCAGGGCAUCAGCUACGUGUUUGUUGUAACUCACACUGACAAAGAGGGUAACGUCAGACGAGUCCUAUUCGACCUUGGGGCGCGUAAGGAUUGGGAGAAUAUGGCACCCCACGUUGUGCAGGCAACAAAAGCAAUAGAAGGCGCAAUUCUUGAACCUGCCGAAAACGUGGCCGAUUUGUUGGAAAAAGAAGGGGUCGAUAGGGCCAGCAUCGAGGCACUGAUCUGGAGUCACGCGCACGUAGAUCACGUCGGAGAUCCAUCUACCUUCCCUUCUACCGCCACCCUCAUCGUUGGUCCGGGGGUAAAGGACGAGUAUUUUCCCGGAUGGCCUACUAAGCCUGAUGCGCCUGUUCUGCUGACUGAUUUCGCAAAUCGCGAGGUUCGCCAACUCGACUUCACGGACACUCGAUUAUCAAUCGGCGGGCUUCCUGCUCUAGAUUAUUUCGGCGAUGGAAGCUUCUACCUGCUCGACGCUCCCGGCCAUGCUUUGGGUCACAUUUGCGGCCUUGCCCGUACAACACCAGACACUUUCAUCUUAUUCACUGGAGAUGUGUAUCAUCAUGCGAGUCAGAUCAGGCCAUCUGCGACUAAUCCCGUACCAGAGCAUAUUCACGUACCGGGAAUUAUUCCAGAUCCAUUGUCUGCUCAGCUAUUUGCACAGAUUGCGCCUUCGAAAUGCUGUUCCGUACCUCUACUUCAGCCUGGUAAGGUUAACAGCGACCUGAGCACUGCAAUGCACACAAUCGACGCUGUGAGAAACUUCGACGACCAAGACAACAUUUUUCUUGUUGCUGCACACGAUCACACUGUGUCAGGUGUUAUCGACACAUUUCCUCAAUCGGCAAAUCAAUGGAAGCAGAAGGGAUGGAAAGACGAGGCAAAGUGGCUAUUUAUCAAGGAUUUUCAAGACGCGUUGAAUCUAUGCGCGUGA